UGAUAUUUUCCCUGCGAUAAAAGCCAGCUGCGUCGUCCUUUUUGAAGACCUCUCUCUCCCCCCUCCACUCAACCCAUUCCGUCCUCUCUGCUCAGUGCCCUAGAGAGAGAGAGAGAGAUGGACACAAUUCCGGGCAACGACUUCGAUCGCCUCCUCUUCUUCGAAGCCGCGAGGAAGACGGCGGAAGUGAACUAUGCCAAGGAUCCCCUCGACGCUGAUAAUUUAACUAGAUGGGGAGGUGCACUCUUGGAAUUAUCACAGUUUCAGCAAGGGCAAGAUUGCAUCAAGCUGAUCAAGGAGGCUAUUACUAAACUUGAGCAGGCUUUGGAAGUCAAUCCAAGGAAGCAUGACACUUUGUGGUGCUUAGGAAAUGCACACACUUCUCAUGCCUUUCUUACUCCAGAGCAUGAUGUUGCAAUGGGUUAUUUCAAGAAAGCAAGCCAAUGUUUUCAGCAAGCAGUAGAAGAGGAUCCAGAUAAUGAAAUUUACCUGAAGUCCCUUGAGUUGACUGCCCGGGCUCCUGAAUUGCAUCAAGAAGUCCAUAAGCAGGUGCAAUAUCAACAGGCUGCUACAAGUGCUUCUGCAUCUUCCAACCUUAAGGGUGUAAAGAAGAAGAAAAACAAUGAUCUCAAAUAUGAUAUAUUUGGGUGGAUCAUACUUGCAGUUGGCAUUGUUGCAUGGGUUGGUAUGGCAAAAUCACAUAUGCCCCCAGCUCCACCACCGCCACCUCCUCCCAGAUAAAUGAAGAGCCAAUCCAUCGGAUUUUUUUGGAGAUAUGUUUGUUACUGUUGGAUUCCACCAGGAGGAAGCAAUGCUUUUUGAUCUUGUUCAAUUUCUUUGAGAAUUUCAGAGGCGCAUAGAUGACAUGAUUUAACACCUCCUGGGGUUCCUUGCCCUGUUCACGUGUCCGCUACUUUAGAGCUCUAUGUGUGAAACUCAAAGUUCUUUUCUCUAGCUUUUAAUGAAUAUUAUUCAUAGAGCAUCUUUUUGCAGAAAA